GGUCAGAGACUGCAGACAUACUUCAGGAGAUGGUUAGAGACUGCAGACAUGGUACAGGAGAUGGUCAGAGACUGCAGACAUGAUACAGGAGAUGGUCAGAGACUGCAGACAUGGUACAGGAGAUGGUCAGAGACUGCAGACAUGAUACAGGAGAUGGUCAGAGACUGCAGACAUGAUACAGGAGAUGGUCAGAGACUGCAGACAUGAUACAAGACAUGGUCAGAGACUGCAGACAUGAUACAGGAGAUGGUCAGAGACUGCAGACAUGAUACAGGAGAUGGUCAGAGACUAAGGACACGAUACUGGAGAUGGUCAGAGACAGCAGACAUGAUACUGGAGAUGGUUAGAGACUGCAUACUGCAGCAGACUAUCAGAUACUGUGAACAUACUAUAGGAGUUG